AUGGGAAGCAGAAAGCAAGAAGAGAAGAUUGAGAAGAUUAUUAGAGGGCUUAUGAAGCUUUCGCCGAAUCGAAGAUGUAUCAACUGUAAUAGUUUGGGACCUCAGUAUGCAUGUACGACUUUUUGGACCUUCAUUUGCAUAACUUGCAGUGAAAUACAUCGUGAGUUUACUCAUUGUAUGAAGUCUGUGUCAAUGUCAAAGUUCACUUUGCAAGAAGUUGAUGCUCUUCAAAAUGGCAGCAACGUUGAUAAAGUAAGGGAGUUCAUAAAGAAUGUAUAUGUGGAUAAACUAUAUGCUGGAACAAAGUCAUAUGAAAGGCCUCCAAGAGAUGCACAAGGCCCCACAAUUCAUGAUGACGAGAUUAGACGUGCCAGUUCUUAUCAUUCAUAUUCACAAAGUCCUCCAUAUGAUAAUCAAUAUGAGGAUCGGCGCUAUGGAAAGCAAGCAGGGGCUCUGACGAGAAAGCCUGGUUCAGAUAAAUUCUGUUAUGAAGGGAAGAUGUCUAGUAUUAUCUAUAGUCCUGGUCGUUUCAGUGAUAAUGCAUAUGAUGAAAGAUUUGCAAAUGAGAGAUCUGGUCCAAGAAAUUCUGACUUUUCCGCGUCCAGUGGUCAUGUGCAAUUCAAAUCCGAUGUUCAGUCUCCUCAGUUUCGUAAGGACGUUGAGUUUAACAGCCCAUCUCAUAAACGUACUGGUUCUAGUUCAAGUGAAGAUGUGUUGACUCAAGCAAAAAAUGCAGCUCUCGAAUCUAAUGCCGCUGCCAAGAGAGAUGCAGAUGGAAUUCGUCAUCCGCAGAGAACUACAUCAUUGCAACCAACAGACAACAACUUUCCAACCUUAAGAUCUUACAAUUCUGGCAGUUCAAUUGAUUUUUUCUCGGAAGCUGUCCAAUCUUCAGGGUCCCUUCAAGAUAAAGCAUCAGGAACUUCACUGCCAUCUGGUCCUGCAAGAGCUGUUAGCUUGGAUCUUUCCAAGGCACCAGUGGCAUCAGCUUCAUCUGUUGUUCUUUCUCAAACAGCUGCACCAUCUCAAGCUCCAUUGGGAGAUCUGUUUCAAUUAUCUGAUAUGGCUUCAGCUACAUCUUUCAAGGGAAAUCAACCUACACAAACAUCCCAAGUUGCAUCUAUUGAUUUCUUUGUGGAGACUACUGCAACCUCUGAUGCAAAAUCAGCGGAUAUAUCCAUCCCUAAAAAUGAAGGGUGGGCAACAUUUGAUACGCCUCAGUUCACACCAGCUACUGCACAAGUGGAAACUCGUGCGGCAGUACCUUUAAGUGCUGAAUCUUUGCAGGAUAGAUUUGAUCCAUUUUCGACCGUGAAUGAUAAUAUGCAUUGGCCAUCUUUUGAAAUUUCUAGUGUUGGUGUACCUUCUGUUACAUCUGAUGUAUGGCACGACGGUGUAUGGAAUGCAGAAAAACAAGUUCCUGUUGUGGCUACAGAUACUCAAUCAUGGAAUGCAUUUGAAGAUUCUUGUACACACUUUCCUGGGAAAAAAUGGUCACCGGAGUCAUAG